AUGUCGUUUUGUAGAAUUACGGGGAGAAGCCGAGGCCUCCCCAAACCAAAUUAUUUUCCACUUUUGCCACCCAUAAGUCCUGCCGAUGCAAAAAGAUUUUGUCGUAUAACUGGAAAAUCUUAUGGUCUUCCGACGCAUCACUACAUUCCCGUACUUCUUGGUGUGCACAGACAUGACAAUAAAAAGUGUCAUAUUACCAGUAAUUCUUCUGGUCAAGGCCCUCAUCAUUAUACUGCUGGUCUAAUUUUAGGAGAAAAAAGAAAACACGUUGUUGUAAAAGACUACCGGUAUGUGUUCCCUGUGCUUGAAGGUGAAAAUGAACAACAAAGAGCACUUAAAGAGCUUCUAGAAUCGAAGGAACCAUUAGAAGAAGAAGAGAAUUUAAAAUUUGUUUACACGGUUCAGGAAAGACGAUGUAGUUUAGUUUUUCCAGCACGUCUUGAAGCUGCUGUAAGAGAUGGAGACGUUAGAGACGUCAUGUUAUCGAGAGACUGCGAUACAGUUUUACUAAGAUUAAAACAAGGAAAAAAUGUUUCAGUAGAUUUUAAAAAUUUAGAUAACUUUGACGAUCUUUAUGAUGGUCUUGGACCUCGAGAAGACGUUUUAAAAGAGAGGGAACAACAAGAAUCUGAAGCUAAAAAACGCAAGAAAAAACGUACUGCAGGCUUGAAUUAUGCUAAAAAAAUAUUUGAAGAAAAAGAAAAAGCUGCGGAAGAAGAAGAACAUGAAAAAGCAAAAAAACUCAAGCUACGUAGUAUUAAAGAAGAGUUGAAAGAAGAAAAAAGGCUUAAUUGGAAAUACAUUGAUUUAAAUCAAGCGAGAUCUGGAGGGAGUCAGUUGGCUGCAAUUUCUGAAAAUUGGGAGGCAAUGAUGCAGCCUCUUACAACAGUCUGUAAUUGGGACGACUUUGAUAGUGAAGCUAAAAAUAUGACUGGAUUUCCAGUUGCUGAUUGCUUGCCAAAGCCAAUUCAAACAGAGCCAGAAACAAUUGAUCUGGAAGCAACUGAAAUUGGUGUUGUUACUUCUCCAAUUUCUGAAGAAACUGGUGGAUUCGAAGCAAUAUCUAUAAUUGAACCUUUGGUGCCAUUAAAUAUUGAGCCAGAUCCAUUAAUUCAAGAUUUAUUAUCAAAUUUAACACAAGCAGAACUUGAUGAUACUGCAGGUGUGAAAGAAAAAUUUUCGGCUGCUGGAAAACAAGCUGUAAAUACACUACCAAGAGUAGAAGAAAUUUCCAAUAUUGUUAAUAACAUUAACAGUGGAGAAAAACAUGAAAUCCAUAAAGUUAAAGGUUUAAAAAUUGAUAUUCAGUCCGCCCAACGAUUUGUUACUGGAAGAACAGUCGAGACACCAACUGGACCGGUAUUUGUACCGGGACAAACUUUACAAACUUCUCAGGGUACAACUUUUGUUCCUGGUUUUACUGUUUGCACACCAGAUGGUCCACUUUUAAUACCCGGACAAAUAGUCAAUAUUUCCGAUGAAGGAAAACAAACUCCAGUCUUUAUAGCUGGACAAACUUUAGAUACCAAGAAUGGAUCUAAAUUUGUACAAGGUCAGACUAUUCACACACGUGAUGGUGCAAAAUUUGUUGCUGGACAAACAGUGGUCACCGAUGAAGGACCUAAAUUUGUUGCUGGACAAACUGUUACACCAAAUAAUUUUGUUCCCGGACAAACAAUUUUAACUGAAUCCGGGGCAAGAUUUAUGCCUGGUCAAACAAUAACAGAUCAAAAUGGUGAACAUAUUUUUGUACCUGGACAAAGUGUAAAAAUAGAUGAUGUAUGGGAAUUCGUUCCUGGACAAUGUCUUACAUCGUCUAUUGGAGAGUCAAUGUUUGUGCCUGGUAAAACAAUGCAAACAUCUGAAGGAAUGCGAUUUGUUGCGGGUCAAAAUUUAACAAACAAAGCAGGUGAAACUCAAUUUGUUCCUGGAGUGACAGUUGAAACUGAAGAAGGUAAUAAAUUCGUGCCGGGAACAACUCUUGAGACUCCAAAUGGACCAAAAUUUGUUGAGGGAAUGAUAAUAAAAACUCCGGACGGCGAAAAAUUCAUGCCUGGAAAAUCAAUUUUGACUGGAAACGGAUUCGAGUUUGCAGCAGCAAAAAGUGUUAAAGAUAUAACUUUUAUGGAAGCAGGACCUAUUGGAAUUCCUGUAGAUUCAAAGACUGCAAGUGCUAUGUCACUUUUGCAACAGCAAGAGCUUUUCGGACAUAUGGUCCAAACAGAUGAUGGCGUUGAAUUUAUUCCGGAAAAAAUUAAUAAAUUUCCAAAAGGAAAAAGAAUUGUGCCUGGUCAAUUAGUCCGUGGUGGUAAAGAUGGACCAAGAUUUGUGCCUGGACUUAUGACUGAUGAUGGAUUUUUACCUGGGCAAUUAGUGAUGACAGAAAAAGGUGAACAUUUCGUACCUGGACAAGUUGUAGAAACUAAUACUGGGCCUAAAUUUGUACCAGGAAGAAUGGUUGAUACGCGCAGUGGUCCAAAAUUUGUACCUGGACAAACAGUAGAAACUCCUGAAGGUUCAAGGUUUGUUCCUGGUCAAAUUGUUCAAACAAAAGUCGGUCCAACAUUUAUUCCCGGACAGGUAAUAUCAACAGAAGACGAGGGAUCAAGAUUUGUACCUGGACAAGUUGUAGACACACCCGAUGGUCCGAGAUUUGUACCAGGUCGUGUUGUAGAAUCUGGUGAACAAGGAGUAACAUUUGUUCCUGGACAAAUUGUUCAAACAGAAGAAGGACCAAGAUUCGUAGCCCCUGAUUUGACAGAUACUCCAGAAGGAGAAAUGGAAUUUUCUGUUCAAGGUUUCGAGGUGACACCUGAGGAACUUGGUCUACUUAGACCAUCACAUCUUCAUUACAAUGCUACAUCUCAACACCAAGGUGAAACAAGCAUUGAUGCAAGAAUGUUGAGACAACUUUCAGAAGCUGGCAUGUCAAUUGGAAGAAAAGUGUCAGCUAACGUGCCAAAUGUUGAUGUUGAUGUGGAUCCAACAGCUGUUGCACUAGAGCAUGCUCUUGUUAUUGCAGAAAAGCUUGGUCUUCAUGGAGAUACUGCAGUGAAAAUGGCACAAAUUGUAUCAACUGUAUCUCAACUAGCACACAACAUUGUAAAACAACAUCAGCACGACGAAAAUAUAAAUUUAGAAAUAACUCAAAACGGACAUCAAACAGCUGUUUUAACGAAUGGAUAUCACAGUGAACAUGACGAUGAAAAUAUUGAUUUAUUACAAGACGCUGUAAAAGCAGCUAUAGCUGCUGCAUUACUUAUUAUAGAUGAAAAAAAACCACUAAAUGGAGAUAAUAAUCAAGGAGUUAUUUUGUCUUCAAUCAGUGAAGCUUUAACUGUUGUUCUUCGUCAAGGCUUUAACUCAAUUGAACAGCCAAUUGAUGAGAUUUUAAAAAUUUUAUUAAUUCCGCAAAAUCGAAAGGCUCUUUGUCGUAAAGCAAUCCUUGAUAUUUUGGAAUCAAGUAAUAAUAAAAUUGAUAUUUUAAAAUCAACAAUAGUCAGUCACUCUUUAAAAGAUGAUGUUGUGUUGGAAAGAUUAUCGGCAGUGUUAGAGGAAGAGCAUGGCUGUGAUCUUGUAGGAUCAGCUUUUCGUACUGUAUCUAAAGAUGACCCAAAAUUAAUAUCAAAAGUUUUGGAAUGGGUUUCUCAAGAAGUUGCUUGUGUUGCAACAGAAAAAGAAGCUGCUGAUACUGUACACAAAGCAAUUGUACAUGCUAUUAGAGAAUCCAGUGAGUUGCAUGUUAAAGAGCUAUUAAUUAGUGAUGGAAAUCAUUUGCGAGAACUUAUGCUACAAGCGGUAGGAUUAGCAAGAGCAUUAGGUAUGUCAACGACUGCUAGUAAUCUUCUUGCAGUUAUUAAUGAUGAAAAGUCAACUCGUGCUAUUGCUGGUGAUAAAAUGACCUUGGAUAUUCUCAAACGAUUAACUGUGAUGAGAAAAUUAGCAGAAGCCAGACCACAAUAUGCAUUAGCUUUAAAAAGUCUAUGCAGUGACCCUGAAUUAGCAAGAACUGAUCCUCACUUGAGAACUUUAGUUCGUGAAAGUGCAGCACUAAUGAUUGUUCCUGAAAAUGCACCAUUACAAUCUUCAGCUGAUGUACCAACUGCUUUACUUUGUACUGAAAACAGUCUUGCAAUUGAAGAAUUUCUUAUGAAAAGAAAUCACAAACCUUCAUCAAUAUUUAUGAUUUUAAAACAGGGCAUGCAAGCUGUUGUACCAAGAGAAGCAUCACGUUCUGUAUUAACUGGUCAAGUGGCUUACACUGUUUUGGAUGAAGAUGGAAUAUCACACUUUGAACCACUUCAUGUAUUUUCAGCAUUAAAAUUAAAUAAUCCUACAGCACGUCGUUUUUCAAUGUAUGCAUGUCAUGUGGCUGGAGAAGAUGAAUAUGAAGCUGAUACAACAUUAUCAAGAUAUGAAUCUGUAUCAUCAAUAAAUACCAACAAUGGACUGACAAAUGGCAGAUAUUAUUCUUCUCGAGAACAGAGUGUUGGUGUCAGUCUCUCAAAGUCAAGCAAAACUCUUGAGAAUUCUCAAAGUAGAGAAAAUACACCAUCUUUUCGAAGACUUAGCAAUCUGCAAUUUGAUGAAAUUGAUAAUGGGAGACCACUUGAAAACUUUAUCGUCGUUAGAGAUUACGUAUCUGAGGAGGACAAUGAAUUUUCUGUAAAUGUUGGUGAUAUUGUUGAAGCUGUAGAAAUUCAAGAGGAUUUGGCAAAGAAAGCAAAAAUGGAUCCAGAUCUAGAAGUUGGUGAAGUUUGUGCACGUUUGGAUAAUUCAGCAGCAAGACACAAAUUAUCAAUACGUCCACGAAGAAAACAUACUGAUCCACGAUCAAGAUCGUUGAUAACAAGAUCCAACUCAGAUUCAAAUUUACAAAAAGCACUGGUUAAAAAAGUUGAUGGAAAGGAAGGAUGGCUGCCCAUGUCAAUACUCAUGCAAACUGCUCUCAGCGAAGACAGUUCAACUUUGACAAGUCAACACCGCCCAGAAGAUUCACAGUACCGUCGAGAAGCCGUUGUCAAGGAAUUGGUUGAGACAGAAGAAGAAUUUGGAAGAGAUCUUCAACAAGUAGUUGAACGAUACCUCAAACCACUAGAUAAUCCUGGAGUACCACGAGCAGUUCGAGACAAUAAGGAAAUAAUAUUUACCAAUCUCAAACAAAUUGCUGACUUUCACAACACAUCGUUUGGCAGGGUUUUAAUCGAGGGUGUCAAGUACUAUGCAGAUCAACCAAGGAUGCUAGGCAAAACAUUUUUAAGAUUAGAAAGGGAUUUCGAUAAACAUGUGGCCUACUGUCGAGAUGAACCUGCUGCACAAGAAUUUCUACAAUCGAACGAUGAAGUUCGAGAAUAUUUUAUGGAGCUGAGCCAGACUCUCGGAGACGAUAAAAGCGUGUCGGAACAUUUAAAACUUCCGAUACAACGUAUUAACGACUACCAGCUCCUACUUAAGGAGCUGGUUAAGUAUUCGACUCGGCUUGGUGAGAAUUGUGACGACCUCCAGAAAGCUUUGGAGUUGAUGCUUGGAAUUCCUCACAGAGCAACCGAUAAUAAAUUUAUUAGUAAUAUUGAAGGAUACAAGGGUAAUAUUCACAAACUUGGAAGAUUAUUAACUCAUGAAUGGUUUACUGUUACUGACAAAGACGGUAGAAGCAAGGAACGUUAUUUGUUUCUAUUUAAAGCGCGAAUUCUUGUUUGCAAAGUUCGAAGAAUAUCUGAAGAUCGAUCAGUAUUUGUUUUAAAAGACAUUAUACGAUUGCCAGACGUUGAAGUUAAAGAUUAUCCAGAAGAUCAGAGGAAUUUUGAGCUUCAUAAUCCAGGUGGAACAGGAUAUCCAAUAACACUAUUAGCCCACAAAGAUCUUGUCAAGGCAUAUUGGCUAAAAGAAAUUCGACAAUACGCCAGUGACUUGGUUGCACUUGCUGAACACGCAGCUGAUGAUUUACAAUUAAGUGAAGAUAAAGAUAACAUUCAAAAAGCUGAAGGUACGAAAAUUGAACCUUCCAAGCCACAACAAGUCUCAAUAAAUCAACAAUCAAAAGAAGAAUCACAAAAAUUAACGGAAAAAGUUGAGGCUCCAAAAGAAGAACCUCCAAAGCCAAUUACCAAAGUUGAAUCACCAAAACAAGAACCUCCAAAGCCAAUUGUCAAAGUUGAAACAUCAAAAGAAGAAGUACCAAAACCAAUUGUAAAAGUUGAGCCUCCAAAAUUAGAUAAAACAGAAAAUAAAAAAACUCCUGAAACUCCCAAAGUUGAGGAAGUUAAAACUGCAGAAAAAAGAAAAGAAAGUCUAACAAAAUUAGAAGAAUUAGAAGUAAAAAAAAUAAAAGCUACUGAAGAAAGUCAAACCAUGUCUGGUAGAUAUUCAUCAAGUAGCUUCAGUGCUUCUUCAAAAGUCGUUGAAGAGUACUCAUCGAUAUCAAGCAGUCGCAAUGGAGCUGUGGAAACUUCAUCAUCUGCAACUGCCCGAGCUGAGACAAAAUCAUCAUCAAUUAUUGGCACCGAAAAAAAAAUUACUGAAUCAUCAAGUAGUCAUCAAACUGCUAUCAGUGGAUCAAGUACAUCAACAGAGGCAAAAGUUUCUAAAUUAGCAAUGACUGCAACAGAAACUGGAAAACCGAAAUUUGUCAAAACCAUCGAGGGUAUCAAUGCUGAACCAAUCCGAGCAAAACAGGCUAUCAUUCAUGUCAUAGCUGGAGAAAGUGCCUCAUUUGAAUGUACUUUAGAAUCAACUACAUCAUCUCGUAUGCAUUGGUUAAAAGACAACAAACCACUAGAAGACAAGCUAGCUGAUCGAAUUAAAAUUACAUCAACUGAAAAUACUUUUAAAUUGCAAAUUUUAAAUGUACUUGAAAGUGAUAGUGGUAUUUAUACUGCUCGAGCAGCAAAUGGUGAUGGUAAAGCAACAUGUACAGCUCAACUUAUUGUUGAAAAAUUAACUGCUGAAGAACGUAAAGCUAAAGCAGAAGCAAAAGCACCAGUAUUUCUUGUAAGACUUAAAGAUACUGAGCUACUAGAAAAUACAUAUCUUCGUUUUAUGAUUAAAGUCAAGGGUGAUCCAAAUCCUGAUUUAAAAUUCUUCAAGGAUGGUGUAUUGAUUGAUUCAAAACAUGAACGUAUAAAAAUAAUAACUGAAAAAUCAGACAAAGGAUUUUAUGAGUUGGUUAUUCCUGAUGUACACAAACGUGAUGCUGGUAAAUAUUCAUGUACAGCAACAAAUCAAUUUGGUGAAGCAUCAUGUGAAGCAGUGAUGACAGUAACAGAUGAAAAAACAUUAUUUGCUGGUUUACCAGAUGGAAUAUUUGAACCUGGCACAGAGCCAUCAUUUAAAUGGCUACGUGAUGGUAAACCAUUUGAUCCAGAAGAAAGAUUUAAAGUACUUUUUGAAGAUAAAGAAGAUACAUUGGCACUUGUAUUUCAACAUGUUAAACCAGAAGAUGCUGGUUUAUAUACUUGUGUUGCUCAAACAAGUACUGGAAAUAUAAGUUGUAGUGCUGAAUUAACUGUACAAGGUAAUGUUAAUCAAUUAAUGAAAGAACCAUCAAAACCAAUACUUGGUAGUGAAUCAAAACAAUCUGAAGUUAAUGCUGGUGGUUCAGCAAUGUUAGAUUUUCAAGUUAAAGGUUUUCCAAAACCUGAUAUUCAUUGGAGCAAAGAUGGCAAAGAAAUUCUUGCUGGUGGAAGAAUUAAAUAUCUUUGGGAAGAUGAAGAAUCAUUAUCACUUGUUAUUAAAAAUGUUACUGUUCAAGAUGCUGGUACUUAUGUUAUAACAGCUAAAAAUAAUCUUGGUGAAGAUACAACUCAUAUUGAACUUAUUGUUAAAUCAGCACCAAAAAUAACUAAAAAAAUGACUGAUACAUUUUCAUAUAUUGGUACUGAUGCAAAAAUGACUGUACAAAUACAAGCAUCACCAGCUCCUGAUGUAAAAUGGUACAAAGAUGGUAAUCUUAUUCAAGAAUCAGAUAGAAUUACUAUUAAAAAAGAGAGUGAUGAUAAUUACAGUUUAAUUAUAAAAGAAUGUAAUUUACAAGAUAUUGGAUCUUAUUCAAUUAUUGCAAAAAAUGAAAUUAAUCAAACUUCAGAAAUGUGGAGUUUUGAUGUUAAAUGUCCACCGGUUAUUAAAAAAAAAUUAGGUGAAUCAAAAAUUAUAAGUGAGGGUGAUACUCUUAAUCUUCAAAUUGAAGUUGAAAGUGCAACUCCACCAAGUGUUAUAUGGAUGAAAGAUGAAAAAAUUAUUAAAGAAGAUAGUAGAACUACUAUUAUUGAUAAUGGUCCUAUUAAAAUUCUUAAAAUAACAGAAACUAUUGGUACAGAUGCUGCUGUUUAUAAAGCUGAAGUAUCAAAUAAAGAUGGAAAAACUGUUGAUGAAGUUGGAAUUGAAAUUAAAUGUGCACCAAGAUUUAAAAAAGGCAUGAGUGAAUUGAUUGCAAAAACUGGUGAUACAAAUGUUGAAUUUGUUAUUGAAGCUGCUGGCUAUCCUCGACCAACAGUCAAAUGGUAUAUCAAUGACAUUGAAAUAACUGAAGAAAAAACAGAAUAUGAAACAGCAAAUGACGGUGAUAUUCAUAAGCUUAUUAUUAAAGAAGCUAAGACCGAAUUUUCUGGCAAUUAUACUUGUAAAUUAACAAAUUUCUUUGGAUCAAAUUCAAGUAGUGCAAAUUUAAUUGUAUACUGUAAACCAAAGAUUGUAAAAAAACUAUCAGAUCAAAAACUCACGGAGGGUGAGACGUUAAAAUUAAAAGUACAAAUAACUGGUACACCUGAUCCAGAAAUUAAAUGGUUUAAAGAUGGACAAGAAGUUGAUGUAACAACUGAUGCAAGAGUUAAAAUUACCAGAGACUCACAACGUCAAGAAAGUUAUGAUUUAACAUUGAAUCUAUUGAAGGGUGCUGAUGGUGGUAUUUAUGAAGUACAAGCUGAAAACGAGAUGGGACUCGUUAGUUGCAAGAGCAAAGUCAUCGUUUUGACAAAAACCGAGGGAACCAUUGAGAAGAAUGAAGAUGUUGCAGAUAAAGUGGAAGAAGAAAAUAUUUCAAAAGAAAUUCAACAAGCUGAGGAAGGACCGGAAGUAAAUUUAGGUCUCGUUAAAUCGGAAAAAAGAAGUAUUGAAGUUGUCAAAGGAAAAGAUGGUGAAAAAAUAACAGUCUCUGUGGCAUCAACAAUUGAACAUGAGGCUACAAUGUCAGGUCCUGAUGAACGUCACGAGAUUCACAAAAUGAAAUCGACAAAAGUCGAGUGCCAGGAGAUUCAUUCAAAUGGACCACAAUUUGAAGAAAUUGCAUCUUACAGUUAUACAGUUGUAGAAGACGAAAAUAAUAUAAAGCCAGUCAAUGGUAUGUUAAUUGAAGAAUUUUCCGAGACAGAUGACAACAAAGCUAAGCUAUCAGUAAACAGAGGUAUAUCAAUUAUUUCUGUCUCUGAUGAUGAAUCAACAAUGAAAGCUUUAUCAAGAGAUGUUAGUACUGAUGAUAUUUUAACUGCUGAUCUUAAUGAUUCACCACUAAAAUGCAAUGGAAUUAUUGAAGAAAUUAUUAACGAAAAUGGACGAACAAUUCAGAAGAAAGUUAUUGAAGAUAUUGGACCUUAUCAUGCGAUGAGAUAUUCAGAAACUAUUAUGGAAGAGUGCACAAUAAAAGAACAAUUUCCUGAAGAAAAAUAUUUAAAUAAUUCAAAGCCACAAACUCCAGUUAUUGAAAAAAGUAAAUUUAUCAAUGAAGAUAUUAAAUUCUGUAAAAGUGAAUCAAUAGAUAAACAAGAAAUCAAAGUAAAUGGCAAUGAUGAUGAUGAUAAUUAUAUUAUUAAAAAUGCAAAAAAAGAAGAAAGUAAAUUAACUCGACAAUCUUCAAAGCUCAGUAAAGCAGAAUCAAUUGAAGAGCAUAAAUCCAAAAUAAUUGAUAUUGAUGAAGCUGUGUCUCAUACUCCAAUACUUGAUCAAAGUAAAUUAUCACGUCAGUCAUCACAAGUUGGCAGUGUUGAAUCAACACAAACAAAAAAAACAGAAAUAAUUGAAUUAAAUGGUGUACAAAAUACAAAAGAAAAAGAAUUAUCAAGACAAAAUUCAAGGGUAAGUCGUGUUGACUCAGUGGAGUCUAGAAAAUCGUCUAUCCAUGAAAUAUCAAGGGCAAAUUCUCAGCAAGAUAUGCCAAAUGGUGAUGAUGAAGAUAUUGAUGAAAAAACUAAAUCACUUUUUGAACGUAUCAAAACACAGCGUAGUGUACUUGAAGAAAUUCUCGAUAAAGAAGCAGACAAAGCUGAUAAUGGUGAAAUUGGAGCUGCUCCAGCAAUUGUUAGUUCUGAUUUUGAAGAUCGUACAAUUUAUGAGACACAAAAUACGCUGUUUACAAUCAAGGCAACUGGUCUUCCUCGUCCUGAUGCCAAAUGGUUUAAAGAUGAAAAACCAAUUCGUGCUGCUGAUAAAGCAAAACCUAGUCAGACUGGUGAAACGUAUUAUUUAACAUUCAACAAAGCAACACAAAAAGAAACUGGUCUAUACCAGCUGGUAUUGACUAAUAAACUUGGAACAUGCAGUAUUGAUGCUUUUCUUGAGGUAGGACCUGUUUGUGAUCUCAGAAAGCCUAGAUUUUGUGGUCCAAUUGAAAAUAUCAAUGUGGAAUUUGAUGCAACUGGAACUCUUGAAGGUAUAUUAACUGCUGAUCCAGUACCAGAUGUUGUUUGGUCUCAUGAAGGUGUUGACAUUGAUCCUAAUGACGAACGUUAUACUUUGGGUUUGACAAUAAAAAAGAUUGAAGAUGGAUUAUCAAGGUGCAAUUUUACUUUGGCCAUUUCAAAUUGUGCUAAACCAGAUGUUGGAAAAUACACUCUGAGAGCAAAAAAUAAUUGGGGUGAAGACAGUGCAGAUGGACGCUUAGAUCUUCUUUUACCACCAGAAAUUUUAGAAUUUAAAGAUCUCAAUGCUGCAGUUGAAGAGUUAUGCAAAUGGGAGGUAUUAAUUAAAAGUAAUCCAAAGGCUGAGUUAACAUUUGAAAAAGACGGUGUUAUUUUAGACGAUGAAAAUCGUUUUAGCCAGGAUAAUGAUGAUUUCAAUAAUAUGAAAUAUAAAUUUGUACUAAAAGAAGUUGAAUAUGAUGAUGCUGGAGUUUACAAAGUCACAGCUAAAAAUUAUCUUGGUCAAGAUAGUGCUGAAGCUGAAUUAAUUCCUUAUACUGAACCACCUGAAUUUAUUCAAGGACUUGUUAAUACUUCAGUACGUCAUGAUGCACCAAUGGAACUUAAAAUUGAAGCUGCUGGAAUAGCAAGACCAAAAAUUCAAUGGUUUUUAAAUGGUGAUGAACUUAAGAGUGAUAAAAAUCUUACAAUUACAACAGUUAUUGAUAAACAUGUAUUCAGUACUAUUUCUAUUCCUAAUUUUAAGCCUCAAAAUGAGGGAGAACUUGUAUGUUUGGCAACAAAUCGUGCAGGUAAAGUAAAGACAAACUGUGUUGUUUCCAUGAUUCGUUUACCACCAACAUUUGAUAAAUUUUUACCAAAAUCAAUGCAAAUUGAAGAAGGUAAGCCAUUGGAAUUGAGUAUAGAAAUUGAUGGUUCACCAUUCCCAAAAGUAACUUGGUUCAAAGAUGGAGAAGAAAUUGUGCCAGAUGAUCAUAUUAAAAUUGAAACACAACCAAAUGGCUCAACCAAAUUAAUUAUUGAUAAAUGUACUCCAACUGAUUGUGGAGCUUAUAAAUUAAUUGCCAAGAAUAAUAAUGGUGAAGAAAAAUCACAGUGUGCAGUUGCAGUUAAACCAAGUCCAAGAAAACCAACAUUUGCACAGCCACUUGAAAAUAUUCAUAUAAUAGCUGGUGAACCACUAAAACUUGAAACACGAAUUAUUGCUUUUCCAAGUCCUGAGUUACAAUGGUUUAAAGAUGGAUUACCACUUAUGCCAUCACCUGAAAUUGAAUUUACCAAUGAACCAAAUGGACUUAUUGGUUUUUCAAUUGAAAAAGCACGACCAAAAGACAGUGGUGUUUACUCUUUGGUUGCAUCAAAUCCACUUGGUGAAGCAACUGGAAAAUCAGAAGUUGAAGUUGAAGAAAAAGAAAGAAAACCUGGUUUCUUAGCAACAUUACAGCCAAUGACAGUUGUUGAAGGUUUUCCAGCAAAAAUGGAAAUUAAAACAAUUGGUAAACCAGUGCCUAUUUUAAAAUGGACUCACAAUGGUAUUGAGAUUGUUCCUGAUGGACAACAUAUAAAAAUUGUAUCACAGCCUGAUGGUACUCAUGCUUUGUUGAUUGACAAAGUAACUCCUGAAGACGCUGGUGAAUAUCAAGUUGUUGCAAGUAAUUCUGAAGGUGCUGAAGCAAGCAAGGGUAUAUUAAGUGUUGCUGGAAAAGGAAAAACUGAUGCACCUGAAGAAAAACCUUCUUUCCUUGGACCAAUGCGUGAUAUUAGUGUCGAGGAAGGUGAACCCUUGUCAUUAAGUGCAACAUUUUCUGGUAAUCCAAUGCCUGAUAUAUUCUGGACAAAAGACAGUGAGCCACUUGUACCAUCUGAUAGAAUUUUGAUGACAAAUGACGGUAAAAAAGUUGGUCUUGAAAUUAAUCCAUGUACACCAAAAGAUGCUGGUGUUUAUCGUUGUAAAUUAGUUAAUCCUCUUGGUGAAGAUUCAUCAAGUGCUAUUUCAACUAUUCGCAAGGUAUAUCAAAAGCCAAAUUUCAGUCAACGUUUUACAGAUCUUCAACAAUUACUAGGAAGAGAUGCUAAAUUUCCAGCUAGAAUUACUGGACUUCCAAAGCCUGAUGUUGCAUGGUAUUUUAAAGACAAAUUAAUACCAAAAAAUAAUGAUAAAUACAAAAUAAAACGUGACGGUGAUAUUUGUUGUCUUUAUGUAACUGACUGUAGUCCAAGUGACAUUGGAAAAUAUAAAUGUCGAGCAGUAAAUAAAGAAGGUGAAGCAUCUUGUGAAGCAAACCUUGAUAUUGUUGAAGAAAUUAAUACAACACAAAAAGUUGAACCACCAUCAUUUUUAAAACGAAUUGGAGAUUGUGAAGUAUACAAAGGCAUGACUGCUAAAUUUACAGCAUGUAUAACAGGCUGUCCAGAACCAAAUUUCGAAUGGUAUCGUAAUGAUGAACGUUUAUGGCCAGCUGAUCGUAUUAGAAUGGAAGAAGAUGGUCAUGGUUUAAUUCGACUUAUUUUAGAAAAUGUUGAUGAGCAUGAUGUUGCAAAAUAUAGCUUAAGAAUUUACAAUCAAUAUGGUGAAGAUACUUGUCAUGCAGAAAUGAGAUAUGACAGUCUUGAAUUAAAAACAAAAAAACCUUUGUCUGAUCAAUAUUCAGAAUUUGAUAAAUAUCGACGUUCUGGAAUACCAUUGCCAUUGGCAGAUAGACCUAUCAUAAGUAGAAUGAUGGAUAGACAUUUGACACUUUCAUGGAGGCCAUCAAUACCCAUUGGACCACGUGUACCUGUUACUUAUCUUGUAGAAAUGUGUGAGCUACCGGAUGGUGAUUGGUUUUCAGCUAGAUCAGGUGUACGUAGUUGCGUUUGUGAUAUACGAAAUCUUGAGCCAUUUAGAGAUUAUAAAUUUCGAAUUCGUGUAGAAAAUAAAUAUGGAAUAAGUGAUCCAUCACCAUUUGCACAAACUUACAGAGCAAAAUUACUACCAGAUCCACCGAAAUUCCAUCCUUAUCUUCCACCAGGUAUUGAUUUUCGUCCUGAGACUAGUCCAUACUUUCCCAAAGAUUUUGAUAUUGAACGACCACUUCAUGAUGGUUAUGGACAAGCUCCAAAGUUCUUGAGACAAGAACAUGAAGCUCAGUAUGGAGUUAAAAAUCAUAAUUGUAAUUUACUUUGGUUUGUCUAUGGUUAUCCAAAGCCAAAAAUGAGUUAUUAUUUUAAAAAUGAAUUAAUUGAAUCAGGUGGACGUUAUGAUUAUAGCUAUACUCGUAAUGGUCAAGCUACACUUUUUAUUAAUAAAAUGCUUGAGCGUGAUGUAGGUUUAUAUGAAGCAGUUGCUAUUAAUGAACAUGGAGAAGCAAGACAAAGAGUUCGUCUUGAAAUUGCUGAAUAUCCAACGUUCAUUCAACGACCAGAAGAAAGUGUUAUUAUGCAAAGACGAAAUGGACAUAUUCAAGCAAGAGUUAUUGGUGUUCCUUAUCCAGAAUUAAAAUGGUACAAAGAUUGGAAACCUCUUACUUCUUCAGCAAGAGUUAAAAUUGAUUUCUUUGAGCCUGAUACUUCUGUUCUUACUAUCAAUGAUUCAAUUAGUAAAGACGAAGGUCUUUAUUCAAUAAGUGCAAGAAAUGUAGCAGGUUCUGUAUCAUGUUCAGUUAUGAUUCACAUUGAAGAAAAUGAACAUGAAUAUGGUUAUAGAACUUAUACAAGAAAUACUGAUGUUAAAACAAAAACAAAACCAUUUGAUGAUUUCUAUGAUCUUGGUGAUGAACUUGGUCGUGGUACACAAGGUGUUACAUAUCAUGCAGCUGAACGUGCAACUGGUAAAAAUUAUGCUGCCAAAGUUAUGCAUGGUCGUGAUGAAUUACGAUCACUUAUGUUUAAUGAAAUUAAUGCAAUGAAUCAUUUGAAUCAUCGUAAACUUUUACGUCUUCAUGAUGCAUAUGAGACUGACAGUACAUUGACACUUGUUGUUGAGUUGGCUGAUGGUGGUGAGCUUGUUGAUAAUUUAACAAGACAUCCUUUCUAUACUGAAUCAGAAAUUGCUGGUUACAUUAGACAAAUAUUGAAAGGAUUAGAACAUAUGCAUAAUGAAAGUUGGGCACAUCUUGGCUUGACACUUGGUGAUUUAUUAAUAUCACAUUCUGGUGGUGAUGAUUUGAAAAUUGGUGAUUUUGGUUUGGCACGUAGAAUUUCAUAUGGACGAUUGAUGACACUUGUUUAUGGUAUGCCAGAAUUUGUUGCACCAGAAGCUAUUAAUGGUGAGGGUGUUACAUACGCUGCUGAUAUGUGGUCUGUUGGUAUUAUAACUCAUAUAUUAUUGUCUGGAAUUUCACCAUUCCGUGGUGUAAAUGAUCGUGAAACAUUGACAAAAAUUAAAAAUAGUACAUGGGACUUUGAUGAACGCUGGUGGUCAUAUAUAUCUAAUGAAGGAAAAGAUUUUAUACGUAAAUUAUUGGUAUACACUGUCGAUGAUAGAAUGGACAUUUCAACAGCUUUACGUCAUCCUUGGUUUAAUAUUAUUGACAAACCACCAACAGAUCCUUACAAAAUAUCAUCAGAAAAUUUGAAAAAUUAUUAUAAAUUAUUUAGAGAUUGGUAUGGCAAUGCAUCUUGUCGUAAUUGGUAUCGUAGACGUAGAUUAAGCAAUGCUUUUGAACAUCCAUCAAAAAUGAUUUAUCCACCAGGACACAAAUAUACACCAGAACCUGUAGCUGAAAGAAUAUAUACACCUCGUGAAAAACCUGAACCUAGAACAUGGGAAAAUAGAGUUCCAGCAAGAGAGCCAAUUGAUACAGAAAUUGGAAUUAUUAAAAAUGAAUCACACUAUCAAAAUGGACCUGAUACAUACUUGUUACAAUUACGUGAUACUGAUUUUCCAGUUCGUUUACGUGAAUACAUGAAAGUAGCACAUAAUCGUGGCUCUGGAUUUGCUAGAGUAUUUAAUGAUGAUGGAUAUGAUUGGAGAACACCAAUUAUUCGUGAACGUAGAAAAUUUACAGAUGUUAUGGAUGAAGAAAUUGAUGAUGAAAGAAAAGCAAGAAUUAAUAAUUAUGGUGCAGCUGAUUGUUAUACUAUGAGACGUAUACGUCAUGAAUUGGGUACUAGAUUAGAUUCAUAUGCUGAAGCUGAAGCAAUGAUUGAAACUAAAAAAGAUGGACAUCUUCCAUUUUUACGUGAAAAACCACAAAUAUUACAAAUUCAAGCUGGUAAAUGUGCACAACUUGUUUGUUUUGCUGUUGGUAAUCCAAAACCAGCAAUUCAAUGGUUUAAAAAUGAUCUUGUUAUUCAAGAAGGUAAUAGAAUAAAUGUCAUUGAAGACAGUGAUGGUAGAUCAAUAUUAAAUUUCAGUCCAGCACGUGAUUUUGAUAUUGGUAUUUAUAAAGUUGUUGCAAGAAAUAAUGUUGGACAAACUGUUGCAAGAACUCGAGUUAUAUUAGCAACUGUACCUGGUAUUCUUCAAGCACCAGAAGUUUGUGGUAUUUCAGAUACUGAAGUAUUAUUACGUUGGAAACCACCAAAAGAUGAUGGUAAUUCAGAGGUACUUUGUUAUAAUCUUCAAUACAAAGCUGGUGAUUCUGUUGAAUGGAUUGAUGCUGCUAGUAAUAUUGAUCAUGAAUUUUUCCUUGUUAAAGAUCUUCAGCCUAAUACAAGUUAUCAUUUUCGUUUAGCUGCUAAAAAUCGUAUUGGAUGGGGUGAUAAAGGUUUUGAAACAAAUUUAGUUCAAACAAAACCUGAAGGAACACCAAAAGUACCAAUAAGUCGUGCAAUGAGACAUCUACAACAACUCACUGAAUCAGGACAAGAAAUUAUAGCUGAAGAAGAUAAACCACAUUUAAAUUAUGAUGCUGAAGAUGAACCAAUUGAUUGGUCAAUUGAUUCACAAUUUACAUCACGUUAUACAUUUAUAUCUGAAAUAUCAAGAGGACAAUUUUCAAUGGUUGUUAAAGGAGCUGAAAAAGAAACUGAUAAAUUAGUUGUUGCUAAAAUUCUUGAAGUACGAGCAGAAUUAAAAGAACAAGUUGGUGAAGAAUUUCAAGUAUUAAGAUCAUUAAGACACGAAAGAAUAGCAACACUUGAAGCAGCAUACUGGGCAUCUGAUUCACCAGUUGCUGUAUUUAUAUUGGAAAAAUUACAAGGUUCAGAUGUACUAACAUAUUUAUCAAGUCGACCAGAAUAUACAGAAAAUUGUGUUGCAACAAUUGUUACUGAGAUACUUGAUGCCCUUCAAUAUCUUCAUUGGCGUGGGUAUUGUCAUUUGGACAUACAACCGGACAAUGUUGUUAUGGCUUCCCUCAGAUCGGCACACAUCAAGCUUGUUGAUUUUGGCUCAGCUCAUGUAGUUUCAAAAUUAGGCACUGAAGUGCCGCUAAAUUUGGGACACCCUGAGUACAGAUCACCGGAAGUUCUCAAUGAGGAGCUUGCAUAUCCGCAAACUGAUAUUUGGAGUGUUGCUGUUCUUGCUUAUGUAUUAUUAUCAGGAGCAUCUCCAUUCAGAGGAAAUGAUGAACAUGAAACACGACAAAAUAUAUCAUUUGUUAGAUAUAGAUUUGAAUAUUUAUACAAAGAAAUAAGCCAAGAGGCUACGAGAUUUUUAAUGCUUUUGUUUAAACGAACACCUAGUAAAAGACCAACAGCAGAAGAAUGCCACGAACACAGAUGGUUAAUACCAACAGAAUUUAUGAUUAAAAAACGUGAAAGAGCAUCAUUUCCUGGCAGUAAAUUGCAAAAAUAUAAUGAAGAAUAUCACGAAGAAAUUGCUAAACGAGCAUCUACCAGUGACAGUUUGACUCAAGCAUUUGGAAAUCUUCGUCAUUUAAAUAGAUCAUACAGUACACAAGAUGAAUUAAUAACUUCAAUUGUUUUAGAAUAAGUCAUUAUUUUCCAACCCAUUUGUUUAUAAAAAUCAUCAUCAAUCAAUGUGUCUAAUUAUUAUUCAAAGACAAUAAUAAAUUAGACGAGAAAAAAAAAAUAAAAUGAAGUAAAUAUAUUUAAUUAUUUAUUUGAUGAAAAAAUGAGAUUUUAAAAUUUAUUAUUUUUGAUUGUUAUUUAUUUGUAUCAAAAAUAAUUAAUAAUUUAAAAGAAAAAUAUAAUUAAUAAUCAGUGAAAAUUAAAAAAAAAAAAAAAUGAAAUUAAAGAAUAUAUUGUACAAAAAUAAAAUAUUCUUUUUGUUCAAAACAAAAAAAAAAAUAAACAAAAAAUUUAAUGAAAUAAAGUUAUUGUAUUUCUAAAAAAAAAAAAAAAAAAAAAUUCAUUAAUUUUCAAUAAUAUGUUAUUUAUUUAUUGAUAAAAUCCUAUGUCACGAAAACAUCCAUCUGUUAAUUCUAUACAUUUUUUAUUUACAGAAUUUUUUAAUGUUUUUUAAAUUAUUCAAUGAUUAAACGAGAUCUAGAAAAAAAAAUAUUGAGCUGAUUUGUUUUUGCUUGUGUAAUUUGGAUCAUUAACUUAAAAAUAAUAGUCGUAAAUUGAAAAAAAAACAAAAAUGAUUCAAGAAAGUAUACACAAAAACAAUUUAAUUAAAAAACGAAUAUCAAAAAAAUUUUAAUAAAUGAAAAGACUAUCUCAACAAAAAAAUAUACACUAAAAAUACCGAAUGUUUAUAGAAAUGAAAAAAAAAUUUAAAUCCCUGUUUUAAUAAAUUCAUAGUUGUCAAAAGUUAAAA